CGGACGGGACGCGCGGGCCCCGCGCCCGCUGUCGCCGCUGCCACCAUGCAGAUGACCUUCUACUUCUCGGACACAGCAGUGCUGCUCUUUGACUUCUGGAAUGUCCACAGCACCACAGGGAUGGUGCUCUCGGUGCUGGUGAUCCUGCUGCUGUCCGUGCUCUACGAGGCCGUGAAGAUGGGCAAGGCUGUGCUGCUGCAGCGAGCACUGCUGGCCCUGCCCCGCAGCCUCAGCCAGGAGGCCCUGACGGAGCCCCAGGAGGAGGACAGCAGGGACAGCAGCUCUGCGCAGGGCAGGUGGUUUUGGUUCCACGUGGGCCAGACGCUGUUCCACGUGGUGCAGGUGGUGCUGGGCUAUAUGGUGAUGUUGGCUGUCAUGUCCUACAAUGCCUGGAUUUUCCUGGGGGCCAUCGCUGGCUCCACAUUGGGCUAUUUCAUGGUGUACCCCCUGCUCGGCCGGGGCUAGGGCCCCCCGCCCUGGUGGCACACGUGUCCCACCUCCUGCUCCUUUGUCUGGAAUAGCUGCUGCCACUUCUGCUGGGUCUGGCUUUGUCCCCGUGCUCUGUGGGAUGCAGAACCUGAAGGACUUGCUGGGGGCCCCCGGGGCUGGCCCUGCUCUGGGGAUGGGGAGCCCCAUGGCCAGCACUCACCACGCUGCCACUGGCCUCGGCUGGUGGCUGUCCCCCGGCUCUCAGGGACCUUUGUCCGGGUGAUGACAGCGGGGGGGUGCUGGCAUUUCCUCCCCCUCCCUGCUUUUCGAGGAGGUUCAUCCUGGCUGGAACGGGAAAGAUCCGGUGACUUGCUGGGGGAGGGGACAAGCUGGGGACAGGGACCCCCUGCCCUCCUGCCCAGAGCUGCCCUUCACCAAGCCCCUCUUCACACAGUGCCUUUGGGGACACUGGGGGGGAUCCUGCCACCCCCACCCUGCUCCUGUGCAGCGCUUCAGGGAUGGGGCUGGA